AUGGUGGGUAUACGAAGCCCUAGACAAAGAGUAGCGGCUGAGGCGAUUCGCACCACACAAGUCACUGCGGAAGCUCCACAAAAGGGAACAGGCUCGGCGAAAGAUGGACGGAAGGAGGAAUUGAGCCAAUACCCAGAACCCAGAACCCAGAACCCAGGAUCCGCCCAGGCCAAUAACCACAGAGCAUCGUUACAUACGAGCCAGGAUAGAGGCCAGGAUGCAGCCAGAUUUCGUGAUCAAUUCCUCACCGCCCGCGACGCGCUAGGCUGCUCCGGGCUGAUCCAACUACUGACAGCAGUAGUGGAUGCGUCCGGGCAUGAGGCGUCCAGCAGCCGCAAUUGA